AUGCCUGCCAACCUCAGUGGCGACAACUUUGAGAACUGCAUGCUGGCCCUAGGUAUUGACUUUGCCACUCAUAAUGUAGCCAAGUUGCUGAAGCCAAAGACAGCGAUUGAGCAAAAUGGGGAUUUCUUUACCAUCCACACAAGCAGCAGCCCAGGGAACUACCUUGUUCAAUUUAAAUUUGGAGAAGACUUUGAUGAAGAUAAGAAAGGCCUGGAUAACAGUAAAUUCAGGAGCUUGAUCACCUGGGACAAGGGCAGACUCACCUGUGUCUGAAGAGACACGAACACAGGUUGGGCCCAGUGGACUGAAGGGGAUGAGCUCUACCUGGAAAUGUUCCAUGAAGGCCAAGUGUGCAGCAGAUGCUCCAGAGAGCCUGGCCUAUCCAACAGCAGAGCCACAUGUGGAUGCAAUUUAAUGCCGAACUAUAUUGCAGAAUGA